AUGGAUUUAGGGGCUUUGCCACUUGGCUUUUAUCCCCGUUUUAACCCGUUCUUCUUCCUGUGCACCCAUCACGGAGAAGUGGAGAGUUUUGGGGUGGCUGAGGGAGGGAGUGAGAUGCUACUUACCUUUCACAUUGCUGGCAACCCCACAACCUACAGCCCAGGACACGAGUAUCAGGUGACCAUCUCCACUAAUACAUAUUUUGAUGGAUUGCUGGUCACAGGCCUUUACACCUCCACUAUUGUCCAAGCAGCACCCAUACCGGCUUCUGCUGCCUUCGGAUUUGGAGUUAAAGAGCAACAAAUUGGGGCUCAGUAUGUGUGCAGUGUGGUAGCAUCACAUGUCAGUACUCUGCCCACAACCAGUUUCAGCUUUGUGUGGAUCGCCCCACCACCAGGGACAGGCUGUGUAAACUUUCUGGCUACUGCCAUGAAUCAUGGACAGCUAAUCUUCAAGGACACUCUGGUCACGCAGCUUUGUGAGCAGGAAGCCCCUACUGAAUCUCCAGUGUGGCCUACUUUGGCUGAAAUUCAUGGAAUUCAUGCAGUUCUUCGUGAUGAUUUUGACUCUAAUGAGGAAGGAGAGUUGGAUCCCAAUAUCUGGUCUGACUGUAGUAACUGUCGGGUGGGGGAACAGUGUGGUGUGUUGUUGCAUGGUAAAGCAGUCACUUUUUGUGAACGUCUUGGACAGAGAGAGCUGAUUUCAGUGGCUCUGAACACAAGCACUGCCUCUGUAUUACAGUUUGCUCUUGGCUCUGGAUACUGUCGUUUUAGUUAUUCAGAUCCCAGCAUAAUAGUCUCAUGUAGUAUGAACAACUCAUAUGAUUGGAUCACCUUGGAGAAGAUCAGAGCACCUACUAACAGCAACACAGUAGUACACCUAUUGCCAGUACCAUCAAGCUGCAGGGGAAUAGAUGUGCACCUGCGGUGGUUUCAGGAGUCAGCACUGGGGCCUGAUGGCUAUGAGUCUUGCUGGGGACUAGACAACAUCCUGUUGGUCAACAUGGCCCACAAGCCCACCCUGCUGGAGGACAACAUGGAUCCUCUUGAUACUGCCAACUGGAUUUUUUUCCCUGGUGCCACCAUAAAGCACGCCUGUCAGUCAGAUGGAAACUCUAUGUAUUUUCAUGGUGGAGAGGGACUGGGACAUAGCUUUGCCUCCACACGGGACAUUGAUCUUCACAAUGAAGAAGAACAGCACUACUGGCAGGAGGACUUUGAGAGCCCACCUGAUGGCUGGGAAAUUGAGGGAGCAGUGUAUGGCACUCAAUGUGGAGAAAUUAAGUCAGGCUCUGCACUAGUUUUUCUUGAAAAUGGAAAAAGGAAAGUUUGUACUCCCUACCUGGACACAACUUCCUAUGGCAAUCUUCGGUUCCACUUUGCUAUGGGUGCUGGGGAGUGUCAUCCUGGGGAGUCACAUGAUAACGAUGUUAUCCUGUUUGGUCGGUCAGAAGGCAGAAGAAACCACGUGUUAUUAGAGACACUUCCAUUUUCAGCCUACAGGGUCCCUAUUAUGGUAUCAGUACCCCUGCCUAUAGAGCUUCAGACUCCUGUAACUCAGUUUUGUUUGGAGCAGAAGUUUCAUUCUGGGCCCAGCCAACAUGUUUGGGCAGUGGAUUUCCUGCAGCUUCUGCCAGUGCUGCCUGGUGACUACACACACAUGGCCCAGUUUUCUAUCAAUCUUGGUUGUGGGUCCCACCAGCCUGCUAACAGUGUCAGUUUAGAAUUUUCAACCAGUCAGGGUCGUUCUUGGUCUCUUCUUCACAUGGAGUGUUUGCCUGAGCUGUGUUCUGGACAACAUCUUCCCCACAGCACGAUUUACUCAUCGGAAAACUUAAGUGGAUGGACAAGGAUUUCUAUUCCUCUUCCCAAUGCUGCCCUCACAGAAAGCACUCAGUUCCGCUGGAGGCAAACAGAAGCUGGAACUGGAAAUAUGUGGGCCAUUGAUAAUGUAUAUAUUGGUUCAGCUUGUCUGCACUUUUGCUCAGGAAGAGGACUUUGCUCACGCAUUGGAUGCAAGUGUGACCCAGGUUUCAGUGGUCCUGCAUGUGAGAUAGCAUCGCAGACCUUCCCUGCAUUUUUGUCAGAAGGUUUUUCCAGCCAGAGGCUCUCUUCUUAUCACAGCUUUUCCUCUUUGCGGGGGGCUGAGGUCAGCUUUGGCUGUGGGGUUUUAGCCAGUGGGAAGUCUUUGGUCUUCAACAGAGACAGCAGGAGACAUUUGAUCACUACUCCACUAGAUAGCUCUCAGGCCAGGUACCUGCAGUUUACCCUGAGGUUAGGCAGUCGUAGUAGUACAUGUCCUGGUCCAGAUCGGCCUGGAGAGGGUAUACUACUUCAUUACACCUCAGAUAACGGCAUUAACUGGACCCUGCUGCAGCAUUACUCUUACCAAGGCUUCCAUGAGCCCAGGAUUGUUUCAGUGGAGCUUCCCCCAAGUGCACAGAAGUUUGGGGUGCAGUUUCGUUGGUGGCAACCAUACCACUCAGGCCAUGGGAAGGAUGUUUGGGCACUGGAUGACAUAAGCAUGACAGCUGUGCUCUUUAACUCUAUUAGUCUGGAUUUCAGCAAUGUGCUGGACGUCACACAAAGUCUGGGUUUCUACCUGGGCCUUGUGCAGCCUUACUGUCAGCAUGACUGGACUCUCAGUUUCUCUGGGGAAACCAUUACUGGCUCUAGUAUUCGUUAUGUGGAAACUCAGUCAAUGCAGAUUGGGGCCUCAUACAUGCUGCAGUUCUCCUUAAUAAUGGGCUGUGGUCACAGAUCCUCCCCCCACAUUGAUACACAAGUACGGUUGGAGUUUUCUACCAAUCACGGUCUGACCUGGCAUUUGGUCAAAGAGGCCUGUCUUCCAGGCAUGCCAAGCUGCACAGAGUUCACUGCCCACAGUGUAUACCAUCCUUCCGAGUUUACUUCCUGGAAAAGGAUCACUCUUUCUCUACCUCAAAAAACAUGGUCCAGUGCCACCCGGUUUCGAUGGAUCCAAAACUACUUCAGAGAACAGGAUGAGUGGGCAUUAGAUGAUAUCUACAUAGGGCAACAGUGUCCUCAAAUGUGCCAUGGACAUGGCUGGUGUGAUCAUGGUCACUGCAAAUGUGAUGAAGGUUUUUCUGGCACAGACUGUCAGCCUUCCUCCCCACUACCCUCUAGUGUACUCUCAGACUUUGAAUUAAAAGAAGAACUUAUGACCACAUGGCAGGAGGUAACUGGUGGAGAGAUAGUGACACCUGACCUGGGCUGUGGUGUUGUGUCAUCUGGAUCUUCUUUGUAUUUUAGUAAGGCUGGACUGAGACAGCUUGUAAGUUGGAACAUGGACACAGAAUGGGCUGAGUUUGUCCAGUUCUACUUACGUGUGGGUGGAGACUGGGUGGAGUGUAACAGGGCAGACAGCAGGGAAGAAGGAGUGCUUCUUCAGUAUAGUAACAAUGGUGGCAUUAGCUGGGGCCUAAUCGCAGAGAUGUACUUCACAGACUUUACCAGACCACGGUUUGUUCAUUAUGAGUUGCCACUGGCUGCUAAAACACCAUGUACACAGUUUCGCUGGUGGCAACCCCUUCAUUCCGGCGAGGGUUAUGACCAGUGGGCUAUUGAUGAUGUCAUCAUUUUCUCUGACAGAGAAAAACAUGUUAUUCCACUAGCUAAUCCUACUCUUCCUCAGAACUUUUAUGAGAAGCCAGCAUUUGAUUAUCCACUAAAUCAAAUGAGUGUCUGGCUAAUGUUGGGCAAUGAGGGAAUGGACACAGAACAAAAUAUUAGUUUCUGUGCCCCUACACCAUCAGCCAUGAUAUUUGGAAGAUCAGAUGGGGACAGGAUGGCAGUGACUCGAGACCUUACCCUUCGCCCUGGCUACACAUUGCAAUUUAAGAUUACUGGGUGCAAGUCAGAUUUUCCUGCUUCAGCUCCUGUGAUACUUCAGUAUUCACAUGAUUAUGGUCGCACCUGGGCGCUGGUGCAUGAGGGCUGUUUCCCAGACACACCCGGGGCUACAGGCUGUGAAGGCAACGGGCGUGAGCUAAGAGAGCCGUCUGUCUAUUACACAGGAGACUAUGAGGAUUGGACCAGAGUUACUGUUGUAAUCCCACGAAAUGUGGCUGCAAGUAAGACACGAUUCCGCUGGAUCCAAGAAAGCAGUGCUUAUCAGAAUGCCCCUGCAUUUGCCUUGGAUAGCAUCUACAUCUCUGAGCCUUGUCCUAAUCACUGUGGGGGUCAUGGAGACUGCAUCUCUGGAGUCUGCUUUUGUGACAUGGGAUUUACAGUAUUGCAGGACAGCUGUGUGCCAUCUGUGCCCAGUCCCACAGAGCUGGUUGAAGGUUUUGAGGGCAAGUUGAGUCCUCUUUGGCAGAUAACUAGUGGAGAACAGACUUUGGAUGGUUGUGGUACCAUAAGUAAAGGAAAGGCCCUUUACUUUGGUGGUCUUGGGCGUCGGGAAGCUCGCACUGUGCCCUUGGACACCACUCACACACGACUUGUUCAAUUCUACAUCAGGAUUGGUGGGAAGAACUUGGGGCCUACCUGCACUAGGCCUCGUGGUCGCAAUGAAGGGGUUAUUGUCCAGUACUCAACAAAUAAUGGAGUGAAGUGGCAGUUCCUUCGAGAGCUAGACUUUGGCUCCUUUAUGGAAACACAGCUGGUGACCAUUGAAUUGCCCCCUCAAGCGAAGACACCUUACACUGUGUUCCGCUGGUGGCAGCCCCAGCUUGGAAAACACUCAGCCCAGUGGUCACUUGAUGACAUUCUGAUUGGGAUGAAUGAGAGCUCCAGAACUGGCUUCCAUGACAAGUUCGAUGGCCUAUUACCCUUAAGGCACAACUGGUUCAGAAUAGAGGGAGGAGAAGUGACAGAAGAUUGUCUGUCCUUGAACACCGUCCUCGUCUUCCACUCUGAUUUAGGAGACACACGCUAUGCAGAAAGUUGGGACUUUGAGAUUUCAGACUCCUCAUUUCUUCAGUUUGAUCUGAAUAUGGGCUGCAGUAAGGCUGUGAACUCAGCACAGGGAGUGCAUCUGGAAUUCUCCACUGACUGUGGCCACCAAUGGAUGCUUCUCACACCUGAGUGUGUGCCUCCAGCUAUUGGUUGUGCUGGAUAUACUCAGAGCUCCACCUACAGUACUCCUAAGUAUUCUCAAUGGAGGAGGGUCACUGUCUAUCUGCCCAGUGCUUCAAUUUCUCCAAAAACAAGGUUCCGCUGGAUUCAGCCUCACUUUACUCCUGGAGCAGAUAGCUGGGCAAUUAAAAAUGUGCUGCUGGCAACUGGCUGCCCCUGGAUGUGUUCUGGACAUGGCCUGUGUGAUAAUGGACACUGUGUGUGUGACACAGGUUUUGGUGGGGCUCACUGUGUGCCCCUGGCUGCUUUGCGUUCUUUUCUUAAGGAAGACUUUAAUAAGAACCUGGACCCAGAAAUCUGGCCUGAGGUGUAUGGAGCAGAACGGGGCACACUAAGUGGAGAGCCUCUUAAAUCAGGCACAUCGCUUAUUUUUAAGGGGGAGGGAUUGCGCAUGCUGGUUUCACAGGAUCUAGACUGUACAAGCUCUCAGUAUAUCCAGUUUUCAUUUAAGUUUAUCACCAAAGGAGUUCCAGAGCGUUCUCAUUCCAUUUUGCUUCAGCAUUCAGUAAAUGGAGGGAUCAGCUGGCUGCUUUUAAAUGAGUUUUACAGUCCCACCUCGACUGAUACUUUGUUUCUACAUCUGCCACUGCCCCCCAGUGCUCAGACUAAUGCUACACGGUUUAGACUGUGGCAGCCUUACAACAAUGGCAAAAAGGAAGAGGUGUGGGUAAUUGAUGAUUUUAUUAUUGAUGGAAGCUCUUCACACAAACCACCAAUUAUUUCAGAAGAUUUUGAGGGUGGGCCUCUGGAAUUAAACUGGAUUUUCUACCCAGGAGGCAGUAUUCGCUCUUACUGUCCAAACCAGAAAGCUGGACUGAAUGAUGGGUUGGCCUUGGUAUUUAUGUCCAGUGAGCUGGGAGAGCACUCUCUCACUACUAGAGAUAUUGAUGUUGAUGAGAACACUAUCUUCCAGUUUGAGAUCAAUGUGGGUUGUACAUCAGAGAGCUCUUCUUCACACCCUGUGCAUCUGGAGGUUUCCAGGGACUUUGGGAUCACUUGGCUCCUUUUAGUUCCUCUGUGUGCAGGCAACCCAAAAUCCAGCUCUUUCUGUUCAACUGAACUUCAUCCUCCCAGCAUUUACUACCCAGGGACCACAAAGGGUUGGAGGAGGGAGGUCAUUCAUUUAGGAAAACUGCAUCUGUGUGGGUCGGUGCGGUUUCGUUGGUACCAGGGGUAUUUUUCAGCUGGCAUGGCACCUCCCACUUGGGCUGUUGACAACAUUUACAUUGGCCCUCAGUGCCCAGAGAUGUGCAAUGGCCAUGGGACAUGUUUAAAGGGCACACAUUGUGAGUGCGACACUGGUUACUCUGGCCAAGACUGCACUAUUCAAGAUAUACCAAAUCCAGACUUUCUAAAGGAAGACUUUGAAGAUGGUGUUUUGGAAGCUAAACAUUUUAAGAUUUUGAGUGGAGGAAAGCCUUCCAGAAAGUGCGGUAUUAUGACCAGUGGACACCACCUGUUCUUUAGUGAAGAUGGAUUACGCAUGCUGGAAACCAUAGACAUGGAUCUUUCGAAUGCUAGGUUUGUACAGUUCUUUUUGCGACUGGGUUGUGGAAAAGCUGCCCCUGACCCACGCUCUCAGCCUGUACUGCUGCAGUUCUCAAUAAAUGGAGGAUUUUCCUGGAGUGUUCUACAGAAAUUCUAUUUUAGCAACAGCAGUAAUCAGGUGCACCUUGUGUCAAUAAAAAUUCCACUGGAAGCUCGGACCACCAAAACAUGUCUACGCUGGUGGCAGCCAUCUGAAAUUGGACACUUUCACAGUCCUUGGGUAAUUGAUAAGAUCGUGGUUGGUGGUAGUGCCAGUGGCUGGGGCCCUCUGGAGGAUGAUUUCUCCUCUCCAGAUGCCCGUUCUUGGCUGCUCAGCCCUGGAGGAACACACAUGCCUGUAUGUGGUUCUGAUGGUGAGGCAUUUGCUUUCAUUGAGAAAUCUAACACUCGCUUUGGUGUCACCACUGAUAUUACUAUAGGUCAGGAUGCUGUGAUCCAGUUUGACUUCUGUGCUUCCUGCUCUGUUACCUCAUCCUGCUAUGCUGUGGAAUUGGAAUAUUCUUUGGACCUCGGUCUGACUUGGCAUCCUCUUAGGAGGGACUGUUUGCCUAGUAGUCCAGACUGCUCCUCCUACACACUGCAGCAGCUAUUAAUGUCAGACACGUACAAUAAAUGGGGCAGGGUUACUCUACCCAUUCCGCCCUAUGCCAGGUCACCAGCUACACGAUUUCGUUGGCUCCAGCGGGCUCCCUUUGAUAAGCAGCAAACCUGGGCUUUGGAUAAUCUAUACAUUGGAGAUGGCUGUCCCGAAAUGUGUACUGGCCAUGGUCAGUGUAGGCAAAAUUCCUGUGCGUGUGACCAGGGGUGGGGGGGUUCUUAUUGUGACAAGGCUGUAGUGCCCCUUCUUUCACAUCUUAAGGACAGUUUCAGUCGUGCCCCCUCCUUUAGUCACUGGCACAUGCUGACUGGGGGAAAACCAAGCACAAUAUGUGGAGCUGUAGCUUCAGGUGCAGCCUUGCACUUCAGUGGACUCUGCACUCGUCAGCUAGUAACCGUGGAUUUGAACUUGACCAGUGCUGAGUUUAUACAAUUCUACUUCAUGUUUGGCUGUAUUUCCCCCCCUAAAAACCGAAACCAAGGUGUCUUGCUGGAGUUCAGUCUCAAUGGAGGCAUCAGCUGGAGUUUGCUGAUGGAGAUAUACUAUAGCCAAUUUAGCAAGCCAGGGUUUAUGAAUGUGAUGUUGCCACCUGUUGCUCGUGCAGUGGGAGUGCAAGUGCGCUGGUGGCAGCCACAGCACGAUGGAGCAGACAGUGGGGACUGGGCUUUGGACAAUGUGCUUAUCUCUGGCUUAGACAUGCCUGUUCGGAUUGAAUCAUUUGGUGAUUUUGCCCUUCCCAGUCAUGAGAGAGCCCCAGCUGAUGGUGCACCGACUGUCCACAUUAAAACAGUUCACCAAGAGGAGAGCAGCACAGUGAGUGAACACUGGCUCUUCUCAGAGGAUUGCUCUAUACAAAAAUUUUGCAACUUCCAAGAUAGAGUAAUGGUGUGUGGUAAUGUUGAUGGCAGAGAAGUGUACACUGUCACACAUGACAUUGUCCCCCAAAAAAAUUGGGUCAUGAAUUUUAAGAUUGUAGUUGGUUGCAGUGCACCUGAAAAACAUGCUGAGAGACAGGUCCAUGUCCAGUAUUCAGUGGACUUUGGUGUGUCCUGGAAGUACCUAGUGCCCCAGUGCCUUCCUGCUAACCCUCGUUGUGGAGGACAAGUAUCACAGCCAUCUGUUUUCUUCCCUGAAGAAGGCUGGAGGAGAGCUGUCUAUCCACUACCUGACAGCCUUUCAGACACAGCAGUUCGUUUCCGGUUCUACCAACAACACUCAGACAUGCAGUGGGCAUUAGAGAACUUUUACAUUGGGCCGGCAUGUGAGAACCACUGUGGAGGUCAUGGUGACUGUGUGGAUCGACAUUGCCUUUGUGACUCAGGAUUUUCUGGACCCAACUGCUAUGUCACAUUAGUUCUGGAGGAAUUUCUGAAAGAGCGCUUUGAAUGGCAAGGGGCUCAUGGGCCUCAGUGGCAAGUUGUGGAGGGGGGUCAUCCAUGUAAUAACUGUGGGGCAUUGGUUGAGGGGAUGGGCCUGUACUUUAGGGGAGCUAAUGCCAGGCAGGCUAUCACCGCUGACCUGGAUCUACGAGGAGCCAAGUUUGUGCAAUACUGGGCUAAAAUUGGAAGUGAGGACAAUAUGACUUUAUGUCAGCGUCCAAACUGUCGAAAAGAAGGUGUAUUGCUUGACUAUUCCACAGAUGGAGGUGUAUCAUGGACACUUCUUCAUGAGAUGGACUAUUUAAAAUAUGUGUCUGUAAGGCGGGACUACAUUAAGUUGCCAGAGGGUGCUUUGACCAAUGCUACUCGCCUACGCUGGUGGCAGCCAUUUACAAUGUCUUCAGGCCUUGUAACCCCUAAUCUUCAGCGUGCUCAGUGGGCCUUAGAUAAUAUCCUGGUGGGAGGUGCUGACAUCAACCCCAGUACCCUGUUUGAUACAUUUGAUGAUGAGAGUAAAUCUCAUGAAGAAAAUUGGAGUUUCUAUCCAAAUGCUGUGCGGACAGCAGGUUUUUGUGGCAAUCCUUCGUUUCAUCUCUACUGGCCCAACAAAAAUCAGGAUGGAACCCACAACAUUUUGGAAACUCGAGAGCUUAUUGUCCAACCAGGAUAUAUCUUGCAAUUUAAGAUUGUGGUUGGUUGUGUAGCCGAAAGCUGUGAAGAUCAUCAUUCAGUGCUUUUACAGUAUAGAAAGGAUGCUGGGUCAGACUCAUGGCUGUUGGUACAGGCUGCAUGCCUCCCUUCUACAGUGAACAAUGUUGGAUGUUCCCCCUUCCAGUUUCAUGAAUCCAGCAUCUACAGCCCAGUUAACAGCUUGGUGUGGACCAGAGUUACCGUGCAGCUACCUGACCAUGUCUCUUCUGGUUCCACACAAUUCCGUUGGAUACAAAAAGAUGGAGUUGAUGAGAAACAUGGCUGGGGAGUCGAUCAUGUAUACAUCGGUGAAGCAUGUCCUGGUCUGUGUAGUGGACAUGGGUAUUGCACCAAUGGAGCAGUCUGCAUUUGUGAUGAAGGACACACUGGUGAUGAUUGCUCCAUGUGGAGCAGUGACCUUCCCAACUAUAUCAAGGACAACUUUGAGUCAGGUUUUGUAUCAGAGGAAAACUGGAGUAUAAUUCAAGGUGGAGAAGUUGGAAGUGGCUGUGGCCAGCUUUCCCCACACGCCCAUGGAGAUUCCCUGUAUUUUAAUGGCUGCAAGAUUAGGCAGGCUGUCACAAAACCUCUGGACCUAAAUAGAUCCAGCAAGAUCAUGUUUGUAUUGCAAAUUGGAAGUAUUUCUCAGACAGACAGCUGUAACUCUGCUCUGGACCAGGCUGACACCGUGGACCAUGCAGUGUUGCUCCAGUAUAGUGUAAAUAAUGGAGUCAGUUGGCAUGUCAUUGCCCAGCACCAGCCCAAAGACUUUAUCAAGGCCCAGAGAGUAUCGUAUAACAUUCCACUUGAAGCCCGCGUAAAAGGAGUGCAGUUGCGAUGGUGGCAGCCUCGUCAUGGUGGUGCAGGACGUGACCAGUGGGCCCUCGACCAUGUAGAAAUUGUUCUGUAA